CAAAUACUAACCUUUCAGACCACUUGCGAUUGCGGUAUACUUGCACAGAACCUCCUUCCAAUAGCUAUCGAGUAAGUCUUGACGGUCGUCCGUACGAGAAGCUAUACAUUAAGAUACCCGAUAACCUAGCUACUUUUAUUGCAAACCAAAGAGAAUAUACCUCUAAACUUUGCGUUUGGUAUACCUGUCCACUUCUGGGUCAUAGCUUGCACCCCAAUGUCCUACGCAAUUCCGAUGUAUCGUGAGAUCGAAUCCAGUGACUGGAGCUCCCUCGUGCGCUAUCAUGUUAACAGUAUAAGGGAAACACUCUCCACACAGUGUUCUCAAAGCUCCAGUGAUGACUGGGUUUUUGGUAUCAAAGAGUACUUUACAUACAAAUACUUAGCGCCCCAAGUGUCCAAACAAAUCACGUAUGCGAACAAGGAAGCCAAGUUUGAUGAAGACGACGCUUCUACCCGCUUGGCCUUUGCAUUGGUCUCGUCAUGGAAAGGUAUCACCAAGGUGGAGAUCCUCGAUAUUAUCGGCACUAUUGAAAUUGUAACUGCAUCGGAGAAUGGUGGGUCUAGCGGGGUGGACGAGUUAUUGACAGACUGUGAGAAGAUGUAUAAGGUGCGGUACUGGCUCUCAGAGCUACGGGCCUUGCGAGUCUACACACGGAUGUUGGAAGGAAAGGAGGUAUUUGGCUUGGAUGUGACGAAUAAUUUGGAAAACUGUGUCUUGCGGAACGAAGGUCCAAUAAUCUGGUUGGCUAUCUGCCAAUUAGAGAAAUUGGUGGAGUUGCAGCUCAGCUCGGAGAAGUUGAAGGAAGACGAACAUUUUAAGGUGGAAACCAUCCGGCAGUUUUGUUAAAGGAUAACUUUGAAAGGAAUAGAUAUUGAGCAUCCAUUAAUAGCGCAAUAGUGCGCCAGAGACAUUUUCUUACGAUUGCGUAGCGGGUAAGCUUGAGUCUGAAUCUCCAACAUUCCUUUGAAGCCAUACGAAUAGAUUUUAUGACUACCC